AUGACGAUGAAAAACCAACUCGCCGAGCUUGAGGGCUGGGACACAUCUGACUUAGAUGAAGAUGAUUCAUCCGAGGAACCGAAUGCCGGCAGCAAACAUUCCGUCGACGGAAGCCAAGCAGCCAUCGAGGACGGACAUUCAACAAAGACCCAGUCUGACUACACGAUUGUCGGUAGUACUUCUGGACCUUCAGGACCAGGCGAGAUGGCCCGAAAGAUUGACACUAGUGAUCUCGAUCCAGUGCCUAAUCGCAUAGAUAUGGCUCGACAAGAAAACGAGCGCCGUCAAACGGAGGAUCUUCAACGAUUCUAG